AGGAAGAAAGCUUAUGACACCGCGGUUGACAGAGGGCCCGCAACACGGAAGUGAAAUACGGGACAACGAACAACCACAGCAGACCAGGCAGUUACACGACCGACCAGCAUCGACACAACAUGCCGUUUAAGGGAUUCCUGCAACUAUUCGGCUUCAAAAAGAAGGAAACAGCUAAGCAACCGCGAAAACACCCGUAUGACGAGGUGAACGAGGCGGAUAUCAAGCCGAACCAAUCAGCGCCCAAGAGACGGCCGCGAGAGUAUGACGAGAUCGAGAUCGAUGACGAUGCUUCCGGUCCAACAAUGGUGGUUGAGAGCUCCACAAAGCCAGAGGUAGGCGGUACACAAGACAAAGACUCUCAACUACAUCGAAGUGGAGGUGCAGCAGCAGAACCCGGAUGCUGAUGUAAGAAGAGCAGCGCCACCUACACAGUACACCACUAUAGAUGUCGCUGCUACGUCAGCCGCUUCCGGCAGGAAGAUAUCUCUGUCAGAAUGAGGCUGGAGAGGCAUACAGACAAGGCGACCCGGCGUUUGUACAUUGACUCUGUAUAUAUGUGUGUAUAUACGCCUCCACGACAGUGUAUAUAUAGACUCACAGUAGGA